AUGGAUGAAAGUCAACAAUUAUUUCUCAUUGAAUUUUUGGUCGAUAAAGUUAAUAUCCCAGCUGUUCGUGCUAUACAUGAAGAAAUGUUACCAGUGACGACCUGCAUUUCUUUUCAAAUCCUUGGUUUGCCACCUAUCAAUAUUCAUGAGGAAGCAUCUAGCGAUGGAUGUGCUUGUGUCAGCGGUGACACUCAAGUAUUUAAAAAAGGAAAAUCUUGUCUAUUUGCCCUACCCAGUAAUGUUCUUCAAAAACCAGUUCAUAGUUUUCCUGUAACUAUGACUGUUUAUAAAAAACUUCCACCCGGAGUAUUACCAGAUGUGAUGUUAAUCGGCUCUUAUCAAAUACAAUUAAGAAAUUUAAUAAAUGAUUUACUAAGUCAACGUAUAUUCAAAAAUGGCAAUCCAUGUAAAUCAUUAAAAAGCACUUUCAGGAUAGCAACAGCAACUGGACAGUGUGUCGGCGAAGUUACUCUUUUCAUACGUGCCUCCUGUUUCGGGAAAAAAAUAGUCACUCAAUUUCAAAUACCUCAUAAUAAAAAACCAUAUUUGUUCAAAGGAACCGAUGAUAGUCCAGUAUUUCAAUGUAAAAAAAUACCUUCAAGAAAAUGCCUGCCAAAAUUUAUACCAUGCAAUUGCCCUAUAAAAAAGAGUACAGAUGGAAGCGGCGAAGGAAAGACUUGUUGUCGUCCAAAAACAUGUCCUGAAACUUGUUUCAUGCCUUGUUGUCGUCCAAAAACAAGUCUUGAAACUUGUUUCACGCCUUGUUGUCGUCCAAAAACAAGUCCUGAACCUUGUGUCAAGAUUUGUUGUCGUCCAAAAACAAGUCCUUGUUCUUCUUCAGUCAAACCUGAAAUUGAUAAGUGUAAAGGACCUCAUACUGAACCUCCACCUUGUUAUCCAUCUUGUCUACCACUUUGCAAGUCAAUACAACAACAAGAACAACAAUGUAUGAAAUGUUGUUCCAUUUAUCCAUCAUGUAUACCUCUUUGUAUGCAACCAGUAAAAUCUGUUCCACCUUGUGGUCAUCCACAACCUGCCACCACAAAUAUUUGCUCAUCCUGUUGCUCACCUCAACCAGUUAAAGAAAAGAGCUGUGCUCCUUGUUGCGACACAAAGAAAACUACUUUUGAUGACCUAUUUAAAAAGAAACCUGUAAGAAAGUGUGGAUGCGUUAUUAAAGAGGAACCAACUUGUAGCUGUAAACGAACUUGUUGAAUGCCCAGGAAAAAAAAUGAUAAUAGUUAUACAAAAUAAUGGCUGAACGUCAAGAUAAGAAGAAAAAAAAGCAGAAGAAGAGCGGUAAACCAAAAAAGGUUUUGGCAAAGGAAGCAUCAAAGCAUAAAGUCGAUAAUCAAAAGGCAGCUUGCGUAAAGGAAAAAUAUCAUAAAUGGGAAAAAGCAUGGGAAAAGAAAUUCCAAGCACAGGAUGAACUAGACGAUUACAGAUGUUGCUUGCACAAGGGAUUAUGUUUGAAACCAAAGACGCAAUCAAAUAUUUGGGUAAAUGUAGUAGAAGAUAAAAUGACUCAAGAGUUGCACAUGGCCAUCAAACAGGUACCUGUUCCCAGACCAAAACCUCCUCCGAUUCCAAGAUUAAAAAGAAUGGAAAUUUUAUCGAGCUGCGAAGGAACAGUUGGCAAAAUUACUGAGAUGAAAAAAAAGAAAAAUAUUGUAAAAAAGAAAAAAAAAGGAAAAAAAAAAGGAUAAAAAGAAAAAAUAAUAAUAAUCUUUUAUUUCAAUAAAUGAGAAUUAAUUUUUUCUAAUUUAUUAAGAUAUUAUAUUAAGUAUUAUUAUUAAUACAUACAUUAUAUUAUAUAUGAAAAUAUAUUACGUAUAUAUAAAUAAAAUAAUACAUAGCGUUAACAUAUCCGGUAUAGUCUAGUGGUUAGGAUACCUGGCUCUCACCCAGGAGGCUCGGGUUCGAUUCCCGGUACCGGAAAAGUCAUAUUUAUAUUUUACAUAUGAUAAUUUUUUUAUAUAAUAUAAUAUAAUAUAAAUCUCCUAUAGUUUAAACGAUUACAAUCAAUCACGCUACUGUAUUAUAGAAACGUUGUUCUCUAUAUAUAUUUUAUUAUAUGUGUAUAUAUAUAUACACACAUACACACAUAUAUAUAUAUAAUAAUAAAAUAAAUAUAUUAACAAUAUUAAACAUAAAUAUAUUUUUUAUUAUUAUGAUUAAUAUUUCAUAAAAUUAAUAUAUACAAAAAAUUAUAACAAAUAUAUUACAUUAUUUAUUUUUAUAUUUAUUCUUACGUGUCUGCAUAUAUAAGAGUAUUAUUGUUCCCUCUAAUUCUAUUCCUCUGUCGUCUUAUUUAUAAUAGACCUCUAGAUCAAGAAAGUGGAAAGUGCAUCCGCAAUGUCGUGGCACGUUAUUUUCGUCGGGGUCGACUCGAGUGCAUUCACCGAAGAAUAAGUAGCUUAAUAGUA